CUACACUGCUGAAAAAGGACCAAUCAUCUGGCGGGGGUGUUGGUUGAUGCCACAAUCGGCGUUAUCUGCAUCUGAAGCAGCCUUAUCGUGCUGGAAGCGGCUUUUUUUUGCUAAAAGGCCAACUGGUUUUCCGGUUCUGCUUAGUGAGGAUUUGGGCGGCUGCCGGGCUCCGAGACUUGAGAAGCAAUUUCAACCCGGUGACUGAUCAUCGCUCCUGUAGGACGGGUGGGUUGUGGCUGCGGUGGAGAUAAAAUCUAUGGUGGCAAGUAAUAGGGACUGCCAUUCAUAGGGUCAGCCUGAGAGGCUCCGGGAAGCGAAACUGAGGGCAGGAAGCCCAGUGUGUGAGGCAUGAACUGCCUCCCCGUAUCGUGCUCCCGCCGUGUGUGCAUGCAGUGCUGCUGGGGCGCAGGGAGCCCUCUCCCGGGAACAACGAGUAACCCACGGGGGGGAUGCUGCUCCCAGAAAGGACUCAAGGGGGUGUGACAUUGAAAUCUGCAGGGUGAACACUUCAUAAUUAGCCUCCCUUGUACUGCCUGGCACCUCUACAGCGCUGCCUAUCCCGCUGCUGUGCAACAUGCCUGUCACUGCGCUCUAAUUUAUUGUGUCGCUCUGUCGCUGCCAUAGCGUGUGCCGGGGCUGCCAGUGAGUGAGCCUGCCGGGGCUGCCAGUGAGUGAGCUUGCCGGGGCUGCCAGUGAGUGAGCUUGCCGGGGCUGCCAGUGAGUGGGGCUGCCAGUGACAAUUGGUGACAAUGGCGAGCUCCCGGAGCAUAGAGCUGGAGCAUUUCGAGGAAAGGAACAAAAAGCAGAGACAGGCCCGGGGGGGCCGGGGAGGGCAGAGCUCCAGUUCUAGCGGCUCUGGGCACAGGGGCAAUCAUGGGCUCAUUCCCAGCCCGGCGCAUAGCGCCCACUGCAGCUUCUACCGCACCCGCACCCUGCAGGCUCUCAGCUCGGAAAGGAAGGCCAAGAAGGUGCGAUUCUACCGCAAUGGAGACCGCUACUUUAAGGGCUUACCCUAUGCCGUGUCCGCAGAGCGCUUCAGGUCUUUGGAUGCUCUGCUGAUGGAACUCACCCGUUCUCUGAGUGACAAUGUCAGCCUCCCGCAGGGGGUGCGCUGCAUCUAUACACUGGAUGGCAACAAGAAGAUCGGCAGCCUGGAGGAGCUGCAGGAAGGUGAAAGUUAUGUGUGUGCCUCAAAUGAGCCAUAUCGUAAAGUGGAUUAUAAUAGAAAUGUCAGUCCGAACUGGUCUGUAAAUGUAAGAACUGGAUCUGGUCGAUCACUAUCUGCUUUAAUGACUUUGAAAAAUGAGAUGAAAGAAAGUAAAGAUUACAUCAAGCCUAAGCUGGUCACUGUUAUUCGGAGUGGGUCGAAGCCCCGCAAAGCUGUUAGAAUCCUUCUAAAUAAGAAGACCGCUCAUUCCUUUGAACAAGUUCUCACAGAUAUCACAGAAGCUAUAAAACUAGAUUCUGGGGUUGUCAAGAGAUUGUGCACGCUAGAUGGAAAACAGGUAACAUGUUUGCAGGAUUUCUUUGGAGAGGAUGAUGUUUUUAUUGCCUGUGGACCAGAGAAAUACCGUUAUGCGCAGGACGACUUUGUUCUGGAUCAUGAGUGUAGAGUCUUGAAAACAGCAUAUUCACGCUCUCCGAGACCGCCAGGUUCCAAAAGUCCUGGGACAUCACGGCGCAGUAAAUCCCCGGCAUCAGUAAGGAGGGGUGGCCACUAUUCCAGCACAAAAUCUCCAGUCAAUGGAACACCUAGUAGCCAGCUUUCCACCCCAAAAUCUACAAAAUCCUCCUGUUCAUCUCCAACCAGCCCAGGCAGUUUCCGAGGCCUAAGGAUUCCACCACAUUGUGGGUCCACUUCAAAUGUGAAUGGUCUACUCAAUAGUCCUGAAGGACUUAAUGGAAAUAAGUUCACCGAUGCCUCCAUUAUUCUUGAGAAAUAUAAAAUAGGUAAAGUUAUUGGAGAUGGGAAUUUUGCUGUUGUAAAAGAAUGUGUGGAAAGAUCAACUGGAAAAGAAUUUGCUUUAAAAAUUAUAGACAAGGCAAAAUGCUGUGGGAAGGAGCAUUUAAUAGAGAAUGAAGUGUCAAUAUUGCGCCAGGUUAAACAUCCAAAUAUCAUAAUGCUUAUUGAAGAAAUGGACACCACUGCAGAACUUUAUUUAGUGAUGGAACUAGUAAAGGGUGGGGAUUUAUUUGAUGCAAUUACAUCUUCAACUAAGUAUACAGAACGGGAUGCUAGUGCAAUGGUGUACAAUCUCGCCAGUGCUAUGAAGUAUCUUCAUGGUCUGCACAUUGUCCAUAGGGAUAUCAAACCUGAGAACCUUCUGGUUUGUGAAUAUCCAGAUAAAACCAAAUCACUUAAACUUGGAGAUUUUGGCCUGGCUACUGUGGUUGAUGGACCACUGUACACUGUCUGUGGCACACCUACAUAUGUCGCACCAGAGAUAAUUGCAGAAACGGGGUACGGUUUAAAAGUUGACAUCUGGGCAGCAGGAGUGAUAACAUAUAUCUUGCUUUGUGGUUUUCCACCUUUCCGCAGUGAGAAUAAUCUUCAGGAAGAUCUUUUUGAUCAGAUACUUAUUGGAAAGCUGGAGUUCCCCUCCCCUUAUUGGGAUAAUAUCACUGACUCUGCAAAGGAACUGAUUAGUUGUAUGCUACAGGUCAAUGUGGAAGAGCGAUAUACAGCUGAGCAAAUUCUCUCACAUCCCUGGGUGUCUGAUGACGCAUCACAGGGAAAUAUGCAGGUUGAGGUUACAGGUAAACUGAAACAGCAUUUCAACUCUCUUCCUAAAGAGACCAACACUACAGCUGCAGUGUCUGUGAUCAUGAACACAGCUCUUGACAAGGAGAUGCAGAUCAUCUGUGCAAAAAGUUGUCUGGACACUGGCCGCCAUGACUUAAAGAAAACCUCUAAGGUGACUACAUCGACUUAAGAUAUUCACCUUGUUCCAGGACCCACAGGCUUGCUGUGAUGAAUUUGAGACUGUGAAAAUUGCCUUUCUCUUGCCAGAUGUGUGUUGGGCAGCUGUACAGCCCAAGCACUUGACUACUGACCAAAAUCAGCAAGAGAAUAUUUACAAAACCUGCCCAUAUGUGACUUUUCUGCUUUAUGCUUGAUUAAUUAAUGGAUGAUGUUUUUUUUUUUAUUUCUGCCAUGUUUUGCAGAGACUGUUUUCAGUUUGCCUUCUACAUUUCUAUAUCCAAAGCUAGUGAUUGAGACUCAAGCUUUUCCAAUAGAACACAUCCCAGACCACAUUCCAGAAAAAAGCAUUUAAGAAAAAAAGACUGUGUUUUCUAAAAGGUUAAGUGUCAUUCUUUUGGUUAUCAUCUAGGUAACCACUGAUUGUCUAUUGAUUUGCUACUAGAUUAACACUAAUUCAUUUAUUUUGAGGGUUUCAGGUCAACUUUAUGGAGGCAGUAGUGUUCUGAACUGAUUUGCAAUUAUAGUGUAAAUAACUUACUCUCAAGGGGUUAGGGUUACAAAAAUCCUAUAUUUUCAGAGCCUGCAUAUGAAAGUGUCUGGUUCAGAAAACUGUGAAGGGUUCGGUCACAAUUGUAUUUCUUUCUGUUUGGCCAGAUAGUAGGUUUGAACUCUAUUUGCCAGAACAAAGGUAGAAAGAAGAAUAUGAAGAUUUAAAACAAAUGUAGUGACUUUUUCUACUAAUUUAUUCUAUCUGUAUCAAUUACAGGUAGCUGACUUAAAGGGGAACUCCACCCAAACACAACUUGAGCUUUUUGAAAAGUAAAUAUAAUUUCUAGCAACUUUGCAAUA